AUGGACCGCUUUUGUGUGAAACCGUUGCAGCAAACUGCGUAAGGACAUGCCUUCCAAAAUCCUGAUCCAGCUGUGCGUGGCUCUGCUGCUCCUCAACCUGGUCUUCCUGGUGGACGCUUGGCUGGCUCUGUACCCGGACGCCGUGGGCCUCUGCAUCUCCACCGCUUGGUUCCUGCACUACUUCCUGCUGGCCGCCUUCACCUGGAUGGGCCUGCAGGGCGUGCACAUGUACCUGGCCCUCGUCAAGGUGUUCAACAUGCACGUCCCGCGCUACAUCGUCUGGUUCUCGCUGGCAGGCUGGGGGGCGCCCGUCAUCGUGGUCGUUAUCGUCAUCGCCGUCGACAAGGACAACUACGGACUGGUGUCGUACGGGAGGUUUUCUGACGGCACAAGUGACGACUUCUGCUGGCUAAAAAACGACAUCGCCUUCUACGUGGCGGUGGUGGCCUACUUCUGCGUCGUCUUCCUGUUCAACUUGAUCGUGUUGGUGGUGGUGCUGGUCCAGCUGCAGAAGAUCAAGCGGCAGAACCCGCACAACUCGCAGCACCGCUCCACCGGCCAGGACGUGCGCAGCGUGGUGGGCGUGACCAUCCUGCUGGGCCUCACCUGGGGCUUUGCCUUUUUCGCCUGGGGGCCCGUCAACCUGCCCUUCAUGUACCUCUUCGCCAUCUGUAACGCCUUCCAAGGUGAGACGCGGGAGCUUCACCCCCAAAACAAAGACUUAUUUAUCUUCCGAUGAAAACUGUGCACAUUUGGAAAUGUGUUGACCGGUGUCAUUUAAC